AUGAAUGAUGUAGACAUAGAAGAAUAUAAUAAUAACGUAAUCCAAGAGUUGAAUGCUGCCGAAGAAGAAGGAGAGAUAUCACUAUCACUGUUUUUACAUGAUUUAAUAGAAAUUGAUAUUGAAUCUAAUUUUAGUUUUAACUAUAAAGUGAUAAAUAGGGUUAUACAUAUAUGUAUAAAUUCACUAAAUAGUAAUUUGGUUAUGUUAGGAAAUGAAUGUAUGCAUUUCAUUCGAUAUAGCAUAAAUAAAUGCAGAAAUAUGAGAGAAGAAAUAAAUGAGUCAUUUUUUGAGAAUAUAAAUAUAAUAGUUAAAAUAUGUUUGAAUGAGAAAAAUUUUGUGAAUGAUAAAUUUUUAUUAUUUCAAAGAGCAUUUCUAUCUUUUAUCAUCGAAUUAGAUAAUAAUUUGAGAAAUUUAACGAACAUAUGGAAAAGUUAUAAAACAAAUUUAUGUACAUUUUACACCUGCAUGUUACAUCUAAUAUCAUACCAUUUGUCUCUUUUGAAUAACAUUUUAGAAAAAUUAAAAGAAAAAAUAAAUUUACAUAAUAAUAAAUAUAUACAGAUUGGUUGUUCUAGAAUCAAAAUUAUCGAAGUAGCAUUCGAUUUGGUGUUAAAAAUUUUUCAAGAAAUUUGUCACAUUUCUGAUGUAUCUCCUAUAAUUGAUUAUGUGAAUCUGAUUGUAGACACUUAUGAACAUAUACCACAUGUUGAAAUUAAAAAAAAAAUUCUAUCUCUUUGCAGAUGCUUACAUAUGUGUAUAUCAGAUAAAAACAGAAUACACUUCCCAUCUCUAAAUAGCUUAAUCAAUUUUCUAAAUAAAAAAAAAAAAAAUAAUUACUUAGCGAUAACUAAGGAAAACGAUAUAAAUAUAAGCUACCUUCGAAAUUGUUCUUACAUCUAUGUUUCUGAUAGUCAUCUCUACAUUAACACAUUUCGUACCCAUGCUCAUCAGAAUGAUGAUUCCAUGCCUCCGAACGAUAAAAUUGUUUUGUCAUCUAAUGGAUACAAAGGAUCUCUUCUCCUGAAUUUUUUCUAUGCUUACUUUUAUAAUACUCAGAAUAAGUUGCUCAUAGUACUUUCUUACGAUCGGGUCAAAAUGUGUAAAGACUCAGAUACAAAGAUGCUCAUUUUUUGCUGUUCUCAGCGUGAUGCCCUAGGUGUGCUCUCGAACAAGCUAAGGACGCAAUUCGAUGGUCAUCUCUUGGAUCAAAUAGAAAUAUGCAUAAAAUUUCCUUCAGAAUCUGUUAAAGACAAAAUGUUCGAUGUUAUAGAAGAGGUAAUAUCUAUUGAAAGUUCUGAAUUUAACAAUAAUGAUGAAGCAAUAGAUGAAUCAGAGGAUUUGUACUUGCGGGAAGGAGAUUCUCACGUUAAUAAAUUCAGAAGCGUAGUCAAUGAUGGAAAAAAAUGUCAGAAUCCUGGAAAUUGGGAGAAUAUUAUAAAUUGUGAUAAUCAAGAGGAUGAAAAUAAAGGUGAAGAAAAAUCAGAGCGCAGGAAAGUAAGUUUUGCAACAAUGAAAGAGAUAUAUCUUAUGGAUGAUCGCACUCCUAUGGGAACGAAGACAUUGUUGCUGGAAGAGUCUUUGAAUGAGGUGGGAAGAAAUGAGCACGAUGUGGAGAAUGAUGAGGAAAUGGAUGAGGAAAAGGACCAGAAAAUAGACGACAAAAAGGACCAGAAAAAAGACGACAAAAAGGACCAGAAAAAAGACGACGAAAAUGAUGAGGAAAACAAUACAAAUGACAGGAGCUAUGAUUUGGCUGAUCAAGAAUGUAAGAACAUUCUGGUUGAUCAGGAAAAUGUAGAGAAAUGCCAACCCGUACAGGUUGAAAUAUUUGACCAAGAGAUGAGCACAGUGUGGAAGCAGCACAUAAUUGAUCAGGAUAAAAAGGACAGUAUGUCAGAUGCAGUACAAUUUGUAAGCACUACCAAUGGAAUGGAUGAUGCAGAUGGAAGAGAUACAAAAGAAUCUAGGGGAGGAAUGAGGGCCAAAGUAAGUUAUGUAUCGACAAAGGACUUGGUGCAUGCAGAUGAUAGAAGCAGUGAGGCACAUGUGUUAACAUAUGGUGAAAUGACUACUACUAUUGUUGAAAAGGAUGAAUUGUUUCAGGAUAUGCCAUUCUCCAUUAAAUCAAUAGAGAAUAAGAAAAAUCUACGGGAAACAGAUGAACUAGCGAAUAAUGAUAUGGAAAUAGAUGUAUUCGAAUCUAAUGAAAAAAUAACACAACCCACUGGUCAUGAGGCCCAAUUGCUUUAUCUGUUGAACCAAUCUGUUGACAAGAAAACGUAUGAACAAGUAAGAAUUUUAGAAAAGAACGAAAACGAUGGAUUUGGAGAUGCAAAUAUGGGAAAUAAAAAUGAAAUUAAGAAUGUUCACAAAAGGAUAGGUACGAAUUUUCCUUCAGGAAAAGAGGUCAAUCUGUUAUUACUCUCUCAGGUUGUCACAAAAUCGGAAGUCAGUAAAGAAGAACAAGGGGAGCAGGAACAGCAGCAUGAGGAGAAAAAAAAAACAAACGAUGAAGUAGUGGGUAACUAUUUUUCUCAAAGUAGCUACAUCCAUGGUUACGUUCCACAACAUAAGAAUAAAAAAAGUAAACAAUCACAUGUUGUUAACAAUGUAGAAACAACCAAGUUUGAAAAUGUGCUUCAUGAAAAUGGCCCUCAUGAAAAUGUGGAGCAGAAAAAAGCUCGCGCUAAUGACGCUUCCCCAAUGCAACCAGUCGAUGAUCUUUGUAAAAGUGCAAGUAAGAAUGUUUGUAUGAAGCAAAAAAAAUCAUCCGCUGAAAUUGUUAAGAAAUUACUUAACCAUGACGAGAAACAGAAAAUAAUUGAUGAAUACAUACAAAGCUUAAGUAAGCCACACAUGGAAGACGUGGCAGCACAUGCUGAGGACAUCAUAUGUAAUGUUAGUAUGCACACAGAAGGGGAACGGUCGAAUGUCACACAAGGUUACAUACGUCGCGUCUCUAAGAGGUUGAAAGUAAAACGAGAACGGAGAAAUGCUAACAAUCACAAAAUAACGAGUGUAGCAGAUAACACAGAAAGGAACAAUAUAGAUUGGAUUGGAAAUCAUGAGGAAGCUGUGAAUGCAAAUUGUAAUACAAAGGAACGAGACGAACAAGUGGAAAAUAGGACGUUUGUUCAGGUAAUUACGAGUCCUGGGGGAGAAAAAACUUCAAUAGGAAAGUAUCAAAUGUAUAGAGAGGAUAAUAAGAGCAUGGGGGGCGAUUACAGCAGCAAAAUUAUGAACAUUGAGGACAGACAUGACGCAAGCAAUGAAAUGAUUUUAAGUAACGAUACAGGUGAAGGAAACACAGAAGAAGGAGAGGAUGACUCAGAUAAAAGUGGAAGAAAUAGUGGAGAUUGCAAGCUGGUUCAUGAGAGCAUGUACUACAUAGACAAGCCGUGCUCAAAUUGCAAGAGUAAGAAAAGAAUUGCGACAAAUGUAGGAAACGUGGAAAAUAUGACAGACUUGGUGGGGAACGAAGAAAACAGCACAUCGAAUGGCAUUAAUAAUUGCACUAUGAAAAAUAACAACAUAGAUUCACCAUAUCCAAUAAAGAAAACAAAAUAUCAUUACCACGACCCAAAGUUUCUAAAUAUGUUAAAAAAUGAGGAGAAUUUCGAUAAUUUAAGUGCAAAAUAUUUGAUAAAAGCAUACACACUAAUUCAGUAUAAUAAAAGAUAUAUACACAUACAAAUAGCUGACUAUUUUAGAUGUGUGAGAAAUGAAAUUAUAACGUCGUAUGAACAAGUUAAUAAUAAAUAUGUGAAUUUAUUAAAACAACUACAACUGGAAUUUGAUAUAAGAAUUCAGAAAAUUACUUCCCGACAUUCAAAUGUUUUAAUCACAUAUAAAAAUGGAACUGGCCAAAUUAAUGGAAGCGUAUUACCUAUCCCUAUCGAUUUGCAAAUUAUUUCAGAAAAAGUGAAAUCCUUGCAUGACACACUUAACAUAGUGCAAAGAACUAUGCAUCACAAAAUUAUUAAUUUACAAAUUGUGAUGAAAUAUAAAGAAAGUGAUGUAUAUACUCCUUCCCUAUCACUUGGCACACUCAUGUCUCGUUGUUCUACCGAACGGCCCUAA